AUGGUGCCGGCAAAAGUUACCUUCAAUUAUUAUCUAACAGCUCGCGAAAAUCUUAGAAAGCGUUGGCAAAAUAAGCCUCUAGUGCCUAAAUAUAGGGUUUAUGAACUCGUACGCAUUAGUACAGCGCGAGCAGCCUUUUUGAAGGGGUACACUGGUGGUUGGUCUAAAGAGCUCUUUAUAAGUACAAGAAUUAAUACACAAAGUUAUCCUGAGGUCUAUUAUCUUCGUGAUUUAUCUGAUGAUGAUAUUGAUGUAAUUUUUUAUCAAGAGGAGUUGACUAGAGUUGGGAAAAACAUCAGUACCGAAACUUUUUAUAUUGAUCGUGUGCUUAAGACAUCUAGUACAGGGCGUUCGAAGAAACUGUUUGUUAGCUGGAAAGGAUAUCCUGAUAAAUUCAACUCGUGGAUUACAGCAUCUGGUUUACAGAAUUUACAAUGA